GAAGACUUGUUUCCCCCUCAGUUUGUUGACGGUAGAUUGUAGAAGGGAACGUAAAUAUGAGUGAAGCUUCAUACUGUAUUGUGUUAGAUAGAGACACUCAGUCUAAAUUUCUUUGCUGUGCCCGCAGAAAAAACGGAAUAUUUACUAUCUGUUUGACAAAUGCUGCUGAUGUGUGGAGAAUAGAGUACACUGAGGACACACUCCAGCACUUUAGACAGAAAUUUGCCUUGAAAUCCGCAGAAGAUUAUAUCGUGAAACUCAGGUCGUCCUGCAGCUGUGGUGCUGUGUCUGUUGCAGUGCAUGACACCAGUGCAGAGCUCCAUGUGGGCUCUGGUCCUGGUGAUCUGAGUGUGACCCUCUCCAGGCUUGAAGGCCCACAGGCUACGGAAGACCUGAGAGACCUGCUGUUCAGUAUGGCGGACAGCCUGACACAACUGGACAGUAGACUUUCCUCCGUCAGUCCACUGAAAAAUCACCACAGGGGGCCUCCAGAAUUUGAGCCUCGCCAGCAGCAGAAUAGCGCUCCAUCAGUGACGGUGAAGAGGCGGCUUCCAGGCGCUUCACUCAUCAACCCCGGAACUAAAAAAAAGCUGAAAGCAACUGGUGUGGCCUUUGAUGAUGCAGAUGAGGACUGAUCCCUUUCCUCCUUUAUGCUCUCACAUUCCUGCUGCACCACUGAAGAUGAGCAUUGUUUUAAUCCACUAACUUCACAUUAGGAUGUUGUAUAUUUAUGACAUGUCUUGCAAAAUGGCCUUUUUUUUUUAUGGACAAUAAUGAAGAAUUGUAGAUGAUUGAAUUUGAGUAAUGAAUGCUAUACUGAAAAUGAAUUUAUUCUGAUCAUGAAAUAAAGAUUAAAUUGCUUCCAAUUA